ACACUGUACGAUAAUGUCGUGACCCGCACUUUCCGACAAUAUCACAAGAUACUCAAUGAUAGUGCGGCAAAUUCAAUAUACAUAUAUCAUGGCUGGGAAUGUGGAGGGCUUGCAGGUGCUCCAUACAAUACUCGAUCUAGCCGAAGUUUCUUGUUGUAUCCAUGAUAAAGUUAUGAACACUUAUCUCCUAUUAUCGCUGGAUCGACUUUUUUUUUUAAUUUAAAUCGUUUUAUCUCAUCUGACCUAGUAGCAAGAAAGUGUCAGAUGGUGUUAGUUUAUUGCAUUUUGUCACCCAGUCAUUUAGAAUCAUAAAAAAAAAAAUGGAUUUUCAAAGCUACUUUUUAGGGAUAUGGAAUUUUAUAAGAAUUCAUCAGAACAUCACGUACAUUUUGGCGGUGGUAGUGGCGUCGGUAAAGAUAACAACAUCAUGAUUCAUCCUCAAAGACACGGUCAUCUAGAUGUGCAUCUUGGUUUCUUACAGGUUCAUCAUAGAUACCAUGUAGAGUUUUCAGUCCCAUGGAAUCUUUGCAUACAUGAGGAGGGAAAGACUUUGAUACCAGCAGUAGUUGUCGAGAACCUGAAUUCAAAUUGCCGUGUUAUUGAACUUGGACAUGACAAAGACGGUCUCAGGUUAAAAGUGGAGCUAUUGGCCUACAAAGAGAAGCUUUUGAAGGAAGAAAUUCAAGUCAUGUGUUGCAAGUCUGGAAAUCCUCUGAAAAUACUCUUGAAUUCAAGAGUUCUCGGUAAAGGCAAAGGCACUCCCUUGCUACGAAAUGGUAUACGAAGUAUCGCUAUUGAAGGGGAUGAUGAUGAUGAAGCUUCUGAUUGGACCGGGUUCAAUUCCCAGGACUGAAAUUAUGACGAUACACUUUUUGAAAUCGUUUUGGUUAGAGAUAGGAGCCUGCAAAUUGAGCUCAUCAAAUCAGGAUCGUUACAUAUUGCACGUGUGAAGAGAAAAGAGAACAAGGAGAACGACGAUUGAUGAUCCGACUUCGAAAGCGAAGUAUAUUUCGUUAAAACUCCAUGAAUUUUGAGGAAACUUUUUUUCAGCCCCAACGAGCUCUCUUCAGAGCAUUGAUGUUAAAUAGACGGUCCUGUAAAGGAUAUACUAUAGAUUUGGCCUAUAGGAAUUGCCGAUUGAUUUUGAUGUAUCUACAUGGAACAGUGAAGAAUUUGUACCAUCUGCGCCUUAAUCUAUAAUCAUCCCGAAUGAUACGUUAACGAAUAACACAUGAUUACAAAAAUUUAUAGAUAGAUAUAUCGAAUGCCACUCGCUGUUUUUUCUAAUUAUUCAAUGCAUAUCACGCAGAGCUGUGCAUGUAAAUUAUACACCAGUUAAUAGUAUUGAAUACGUAUUUUACUACUAUUUUCUAACUCAUGAUUGUCUCUUUCUAAUAUACUAUUAUAUAACGUACUAUACCUAGUAUACAAUUCAUUUAAAGUCGCAAAUUUGGUGCUUGCCUAUUGUUGUUAACGUAAUAAUAGCUUUAAAAGCAAGGAGGAAUCCUGAUUACUAUGUUAUACAUACGUAUAUUAUACCUGUAAAUUUACAAUACACAGAUUCAAUAAACUAUUCAUUCGUAUAUCAAGACA